AUCCAAACCCUGUUCAAUGCCAGAGAUGCCCAACGCUAUAUAGUUGCAAAAACGGCAUCGGAUGGAAGCUUUGACGAGAAACGGUCUCCCUCUCCCCCUAUCAUCUCUGCGUCUGUUAGUUCCUCCACUGCGGCUGGUGUCUGCAGCUCUAUGGCAAGUUGUUCAGCAGAGAGACGUAAUGGACUACGGGUUGGUGGAGGAGUUUGUCACCACUGUGUUGGAGAUAGUUCCUGAUAUGAUGAGUUACAGGGAGAGAGUCCAACUCAUCAUGGGGCUGCGAGCACAGCUGGUUCUGGAGUUGUGUCGCUCUGAUCACCUAGCCAACCCUGAGACCAUCCAGCCACACCUGAACAGGAUGAACACCUGUAUCAUCACUCAUAGUGACAAGGAGAUUUCUGAUCCAGAGGUGGAAGCGUCAGAAUCAAACUUCCUGAAGCUGAUUCAAACUCUGCUGGAAGACCCAGUUGAGAAGGAACACUUCUUUCAGAGUGUGUUUCCAGAGGAAUUUGGCCCCAAGUAUGACUCAGCACUGCAGACUCUGGUGUGGGAGUUCCUCUCCAGGCUGGAGAAGCUGCUUCCAGCACCAACCCUUCAACAGACUGCAUCUUGGUUCCUACCUGAUCCCUCUGUCUUGGAGGAGUGUGUGGAGUGUGUAUCCCACCCUCAGCCUUUGAAGACCCUUCUCCAGCACCACAACAACACAUGUGGACAUGUAGACACCAAUGGUCUGUUUUCUGGCGACAAUCAAAUCCCAAUCAAAGCUGACCCAGAGGUCCAAUCAGAACCUGUGCAGCAAUGUAUGCGCCAUGUCUCAUCUGACAAUGAGUCAGAGAUGACCCCUUUGUUGGAACUGGGGAUUGAUUCAGACCAAACUGUAUAUAAAGAGGUGGAGCCUGUGCACAAAGAGGUGGAGCCUGUGCACAAAGAGGUGGAGCCUGUGCACAAAGAGGUGGAGCCUGUGCACAAAGAGGUGGAGUCUGCUUCUUUAGAGGUAGGGCAUAUAUACAAUGAAACUACAGAAAAAAACAUUAAACACAACACACCAGGUAAAGAGCUAGCAAAAGACAUUAAAAAUGAUACAUAUUAUCACCACCUUAACACUGACAGUGGGCUGAAAAUCCAAGGAAAAGCCCACAGCAGCCAACAGGAAGUGCAGGACAUUUCUUGUUUGUCUACUUCCUGUUGGCUCCAUCAGCCAACAGUGCUGCUGCACAGACUUGACAUUACUGAUAUGCUGUUACCUGUGUUCGAGGUCUCUUCAACACCGAGGAGAGAGAGGCUUCAGAUUGGCAAAGUGGGAUCCCAAGGACAGAGAAGAGGACAGGUCAUAUCACGAAAGAGUGAGAGGAAUAUCAAUGAAGAGCCCUCUGAUGGUCAACCUCAGUAUUCUCUGGCCCCUGACCCAUCCCCUACCUCAGGGCAGCCUAAAAGAAGCAAGCGUGUCAAAAUAUGCUCCUUGUGUAGAAAGACUUUCAACGAAGCAAAGGAUUUGACGGCACACAUGAGAUCUCACAAUGAGCAGAGCCCUUACAAGUUCACCCAGUGUGGACAAGACUUUGAACACCAUGAUGACUUACAGAAACAUCAGCAGAAUGUGUGUGAGGAGGCAGCUCAAACAGAAGAGGACAACAUGUCUACGACAUCCAUGGAGGAUCAGACGGAGCUAGCAUGCACAGAGCUAUCAGAGUCGUCCAAAGCUAGGACAUGUCGCGUGUGUCAUAAAACUGUCUAUAGUAGAAAUUAUUUGAGAAAGCACCUGAAAUCCCAACAUGGUCAACUCCUGAAGAAACACAAAACGUUUUUCUGUUGCUCUUUGUGUAAUAAGACCUUUGGAUGCAGAAAUUAUUUGAGAAAGCACCUGGAAUCCAAACACGGUCAACUCCUGAAGAUGCAUAAGAAAAACAAAAAUAUGAUCUGUUGCACUAUGUGUAAUAAGUCCUUUGAUCUUUCUGAGCCAAACAAGUGUGAGGUGAACCAACAGCAACUCCCCAGGAAGGCACAACCAGAGGCCAACACACUUACAGCUGCAGUGAUACCGCAGCCCUCUAGCACUACAUCCCAGAACCCAACAACCUCCAAUGCUCUGCCCAUUCAGGCACAGUUCUACAAUGACUACAGAACAUGUCUUUUGUGCAGUGAAACUUUCGAUACUGCAGAGACCAUGAGAAAGCACCUAAGAUUUCAACACAAUAUACUGUCUUACUUGUGCCACGAUUGUGGGGAAAGUUUCCCAAGCAAAUUAGAUCUUCAGAAACACUCAAAGAAUUGUUUGAGUAUUCCAGAUUCAAGAAAAUGUCAUGAGUGCAGGAAAAUUACUCCCCAAACAACGCAACCGCAGGCAAAAAUUUGUCUGGAGAUGAACCAAAGACAACAGCAACUACCUGCAGCGGGAAAUGAGAUGGAGAUCCCUCAGUCUCUGGUUCCAAGGGAGAAUGGGACAGAUAUUCCCCAGAGCCAUAGCACUUCACCCCAGAACCCAACAACCUCCGAUGCUCCCCCCACUCAGACGCAGCCACCUGGCAUCUCCCCCCCAGCCUCGCUAAAAUCUAGAACAUGCCCUUUGUGCUCAAAAUGUUUUGCUUAUAAAAAGACCAUGAUGCAGCAUCUGAGACGUCAUUCACAGGGUCAGGGACCCUUCAUGUGCACCAUAUGUUCAAAGAGCUUUGGUACCGCCAGUGAUUUGAAGAGACAUCAGGGAAUUAAGAGCGGUUGUGGGCCAAAUCAUCGUAAUCUCGUCGUACCUGAGAAUGCUCCCACAGAACAAAAAACUGUCUUCUCCUGCCCCCAUUGUCAGGGACAGUACACGAGUGAAAAAAAAAUGAAAGCACACAUGGUAUGUCACACAGGAGAGGGGUUCACCUGUAGGUUUUGUGGCAAGAUAUUUGCUGAAGAUAAGAAAUUACGCAAUCAUGUUCGUUCUCAUAUUGACAGACGACAUCUAUGUGACACAUGUGGUAAAGAUUUUACAUCUCUGUCUAACUUGAAAAAACACACACUUGUACACACAGGAGAACAGCCGUACAUUUGCACAGACUGUGGCAAAAGUUUUAGUCUGAAGGGUAACCUGAAAGUCCAUCAACAGAGUCAUACAGGAGAGCGGCCAUUUGCAUGCACAAUGUGUAAAAUACGCUGUUUCACUCAGACUCAUCUAAAACGACAUAUGUUGAGGCACACAGGAGAGAAGCCUCAUAAGUGUUUGGCUUGUGGGAAGACAUUUCAACGGAAAAACACAUUGAGGAAACAUCAGCAAGAUUCGUGUUCUUAGUUCUUGGCUUUUACACACUGCCUUCUGAGAUGCAGACUCAGUCAUACUUUUUUCGCUCAACAUUGACAACAUUUAGUUGAUAACAUUAAUGGCUUGCAAUUGGCUCUAGGUUCUAGUCAACAGACAAAUAGGCAUCCAUCUUUUGCUACUCUCCCUUUUUGCAUAUUUGUAAUAUCUAGCAGUUUUGUGUGUGUAUGUAUAUAUAUAUAUAUAU